UCGCCAUGCAUUGCGCAGGUCGAUCAGGAGAUCGAGCAUAUAGCCAUGGACUACUACCGCGAGACCUACGGCGGGUACGGGAUGGCGACGCCCGGGUACGCGGCGCCGGUGCCGUACGGCAUGUCGCAGGUGAACAUCGACGGCAACUGCGGCGGGCGGCCGAUGCCGCCGCAGCCCACGGUGAAGAUCUACUGCCGCGCCAACCCCAACUACGCCAUGUCCGUGCGCAACGGCAAGGUGGUGCUGGCGCCGGCCAACCCCAAGGACGACUACCAGCACUGGAUCAAGGACAUGAGGUGGAGCACCAGCAUCAAGGACGAGGAGGGCUACCCCGCCUUCGCCAUGGUGAACAAGGCCACCGGGCAGGCCAUCAAGCACUCACUCGGCCAGUCACACCCUGUGCGUCUGGUGCCGUACAACCCAGACUACCUGGACGAGUCGGUGCUGUGGACGGAGAGCAGGGACGUGGGCAACGGGUUCAGGUGCGUGCGCAUGGUGAACAACAUCUACCUCAACUUCGACGCCCUCAACGGCGACAAGUACCACGGCGGCGUGCGCGACGGCACCGAGGUCGUGCUCUGGAAGUGGUGCGAGGGCGACAACCAGCGCUGGAAGCUCCAGCCGUACUACUGAGCCAGCCAGCCAGCGCGCGCCAUGCAUGGCUCGUGCACGUACGCGGGGAGAUCGAGAUAUCCACACAUGCGUACGUACGUAUCUACUGAAGAAACGAUGUCAUGUGGACCGUCCCGGAUAGACAACAUGCAUGCGUCUCUCGCUACCUACCCCGCAGAAUAACGGAGCUGUUGUGCUUGUGUGUGUAAUCACAAGUUACGUAACAAUAAAGGACCUUCGUGAGCUGAUUGAACA